CUUCCCAUUCACUCACGGCAUCAUCUUCCUCUUCCACACCCAGGUUUUCAUGGUCGACCACAAGGAGGCUUUGUUCUUCCAGGCUGUUCCUGAAUAGGUGAGAAUAUUAUAUUCCAUUCUUUUAUUUCUUAACAUGAGACCAAUAACAAAUGAGAUGCCUAGAGUUCAAAAGGAAAGCAAGUUUCAAGGUGAAGGACCCAAUUGGCUUCUCAUUGCUGCUGGUGCUUUAUUUAGUACAUUAUCAUUCCGCCUUGGGUGCAAGCUGAAGCAGGCACUUGACUCAAAGCAGCUUGAAAGUGCUAGAACUAGAAAAUCCUCCAGUAGAAGGAAACCUGCAGACAAUGAUUUUCAGUCUAAUGGAUAUUCCCUUGCACAAGAUAGUGAUGGCUGCUUCAGCUGCAUUUCAGGAACUGGAGGUGCAACAGCACUAAAGUGCCAGUCAAAUGGUCAGAUGCUGAGGGAAUCUGAGGGGGCCCUCCCCUUCGUUACUGUUUCUGGUGCUGAAUUUAGCAAGGAGAAUGGUGUUCUUUGGACUUCCUCCCCUGAUCAGCUUGAAUUACCUUCAAAGUCAUUCCAUCAUUCAAACUGCUCUGACUCACCGUGUGUUUCAGAAUCUGGGUAUGAUAUCUUUAGCAGGAGGGAAGUUAUACAGAAGCUGCGGCAACAACUGAAGAGAAGAGAUGAUAUGAUACUGGAGAUGCAAGAUCAAAUAGCUGAGUUGCAAAGUUCACUCAAUGCUCAGUUAGGACUUUCUUCUCAUUUACAACUGCAGCUUGAUGCUGCGAACAGGGAUUUGUUUGACUCUCGGAAGGAGAUUCAACAGCUGAGAAAGGCAAUUUCAAAUCAUUGUGUUGGGCAUGCUUCCCAUGACAAGUCUUCUACCAUUACUGUUAAUAGAAGCGGCCAUGCAAAUGGACUUACUGACGGGGAUAAUAAUUUGGAACUCCCUGAAGAAGAAAGGGACGAUAAAGAGAGAAUAGUGAUGCUGAGGAGGCAAGUAGGAGAGUUGAAAGAGGUAGUAGAAGGAAAAGAAUUCUUGCUUCAGAGCUAUAAGGAACAUAAAGAGGAACUUUCUCUGAAGAUUAAGGAAUUGCAGCAAAGAUUGGACUCUCAGCUGCCAAAUUUUUUGUAGGGUUGUCAGUUUGUGAAUUCCUUUUUAGGGGAGGCCUCUCGUCCUCAUUCUUUAUUUUAUAAUUGUAAUUAGCUAAUCUUGAUUGUGGAUGAUAUAAUGUGUUUGGGAAGCAUGUGCAAAAGAUGAAAGGAGCAAAUCUGAAAAUUGGUGAAAAUGAUGGGCUGUUUUGGAGUAUAAGUAACUUUU